UCUAAGCUAAGAUGAACGCUGACCGCAUGAAAAUCUACGAAAAAAGAACCAAAUUAGCUGAAUUGAAAUUAAAUAAAAUUCUUCAUAAGAUAGACAGUUUGAAACUUAACAGUUAUUUCAUAUCACGCUUAGAUACCUCGGGGUGCAAAAGCAACUUUAAAUUUUUAAAAGGAACAACGAAAAACCAUCUCUAUGUAGCUAUAAUCGCUGUUUUAGUGAUCGGCUGCUGGUGGAUUUAUUCGGAAUCAUUGAUAACAGGUUGUUUGUUUCAACUACCGUAUGACACAAAGUCGCUGUUUCGCUCUCCAGAAGACUGUUCUAUGUGUGUAGGCGUAAAUGACGUCACACGCCUCUCUAACAUAAGCGCUGAAGAGUUCGAAGACCUCUACGCUUACACUACGCAGCCUGUUAUCGUAACUGAUGCUACCAAAAACUGGAAGGCUAUUGAGCAAUUCAAUUUCCAAUUUUUCGCGGACUUUUACCGGAAUGACAAAAUGGGUAAACGCAUUAACGAAUGCUUCUACUUCUCUUAUAAAUCUGGAUUUAAGUCAUUGGAUGAGGUGUUCAGUAUGGACGAUGAACGAGCUAAUUUGUCAGGCGAUCCAUGGUACGUGGGUUGGAGCACGUGUUACGAGGAAGAGACGCGCGCUCUGCGUCAGUACUACACCCGCCCCUAUUUCUUACCGAGGACUGCGGAGAGCGACAUGGUAGACUGGAUAUUCAUGGGUGGUCCGGGACAAGGCGCGCAUAUGCAUGUGGACUCCGUGCGCCACAUGUCGUGGCAGGCGCAGGUGCGCGGGCGCAAGCAAUGGCAGCUGGCGCCGCCGCCAGAGUGCUUCUACGCGUGCCGAUGGAUCACCUUCUCCGUUGAGCCGGGAGAGAUCCUGGUUGUGGACACAAAUCGAUGGUACCACAAGACGAAUGUGCUGCCGGGAGAUAUUAGCAUCACUAUAGGGGCGGAAUACGACUAACUUUUGAACUAGUUUUGCAUGAUUUUCUCUGUAUUUAUAAACUUUCCAUCUCAAUAGGAUUAAAAAAAACUGACAGAAUACAUAUUCAAACACCCUAUACACAUGUAUACAGCCUACAGAUAAAUAAAUCUGUCAUAAAAAAAUAAAA